GCUGCUGGGAUGAUGAUGAUGAUGAUGAUGAUGGUGGUGGUGGUGGUGGCUUGGUUCUGAUGAAGGGUGAACAGAACUUUUGAGCGAAUGUUAAGAGGAAAGUAGUUAAUAAUCCGAGCCGUAAGUGAAGGCAGCACCAGCCGAAACUCCGACCGGAAACAGCUGAGAGACUUUUCCCAGUCGGGACCAGAAACCACAGAACCGAAUCUGGAGCAGUUUUUCAGGGGACCAGUUCAGCCCGGUACCAACUGGAGAUUCUGCCGGAAGUGGUUCCGGUUCGGCAGGGAGUGUUUAUGGCGUUAUUGGUCCAAAGGAACGUCUUAUCUGUGGACCGACUGGACCCGAUGGACCACAGACAGCAGCAGGAGGAGUUCUGAUCUCUGAUUCAGGACUGGGACAAAGAUCUCGGUGGACUUCCUGAACACUCAUUGAUUGGAAGAGCUGUGGACAGCUGAGUGUCUGUGGAGGUCAUGGGUUCUCCACAGACCCAGGGAUCUCCAGCUGUUCCUCAGAUGGGGGUUCGCGCCCGGGUGUCAAACUGGUCAAAGAAGCAGGAGAUAGGGAACGCCGGGCCCCCCUCGAGAGUUGACAGCCUGGGACCGAGCCAGUUGGAUGGACCUUCUAGGAAGUUUCUGGAGGACAGCCUGGACCUGUCGGGUCGGUCGGAGACCGGUGUCCAGGUCUUCAGGACAGGCCUGGUGAGGAUGAAGAGGAGCAACAGCGAGGCGACCAUCAGUGACUUCAGUUCUGAGGACGCAGGUCCCACAGCCACGCUGACCAGAAGACACGGGAGCUCGUCCAGCGUGGACCUGUUGAGCUCAGCGGGGUUCUGGGAGGUUCUGGACCAGGAGCCCAGUGCUCCUCCUCCAGUCCCUGAGCCUGACGCCGUCUCUACCGUGCUUUCUCCCAGCCUGCAGGCGGCUGUCCAGAUCGCACGUGGGGACAUCGUCUUCAUUCCAGGACAGGACACUGACAGAGAUCCCAAAAAGAAGACGGAGACGUCUGUCCUCGGCCGCCUGAGGCUUCAGCGGACCAAUGGCAUUGAGGUGCGCCAAGACAGCAGCUGCCCUUUGACCCCUCACAGGUGGUUCUCUCAUUAUGAUGUUCAGAGUGUCCUCGUCACUGUAGCAGAGGGACGUCCCUGUGCAGAAGCUCCUGAUCUGCUGCCGUCAGUGGGGCACAAAGACCAGGAUGGUGUCGAACGGAGCAGCGCUCUGGUCCUAGCCUGUCCUCACUUCCUGAAUGAGCUUGGAGGGGAAAUGGACCAGAACUUGGACCUGACCCGGCCCAGUGGCUCUACCGGCACCAAUGCUGCCGUGUCUGUCCUGGAGGCGUCCAGAGGAAGCAAGCGCUGUCCCGCAGACCUCAGGGGGACGGACGAGUACCUGGACCUGGGAGCCACAUACUACCAGAAAUACUUCUACACCAAAGAUCACCAGAAUUAUUUUGCCGUUGAUCCGAAGUUCGGUCCGAUUUCGCUGAGCGUCCGUCGAGACGCUGUGGAUGAUGGAGGAAACCCAGUCGGGUUCUGCUACAGGAUCAUCCUCCGGACCGGCCAGCUGCCCACCCUGAGAGGAUCCAUCAUGGAGGACUCGGUCCCUUCUUCGUCCAAACACGGGUCGGGUCGAGGUCUUCCCCUGAAGGAUGUCCUGGAGUUUGUGGUCCCAGAACUCAACAUCCAGAACCUGCGAGUGGCAAGCCGUUCCCCCAAAGUCCCAGACCUGCUGCUGCAACUGGAUCAGCAGGAGCUUGUCCUCCAGCACAGAGUGGACCUGCAGCUGAGCCGGGCCGGUCAGAACACGGGAGAGACCAGCAGUCCUGCCCUGACCCAGUUCCUAAACUUGCUGGGCCACAGCGACCCGAUGAAGAAUUUCUACAAGCACCAAGACCAGCAGAACUCUGGCAACUCAACAGAAAGUCCAACUGUUUCCAUGAUGUUCCAAGAAUUUCAGCUGACGUUCCACGUUUCUGCCCUGCUACAAACUGUUGCCGAUGGUUCUGCUCAGGUACUGAGGUCACACCUCGUUGGGAACGAUGUCACCGUGAUUUUCCAGGAACCUGAUGCUCCGCCCUUCAAGCCCCAGAUCAUCCGUGCCGACCUCCAGCAUGUCUUCAUCAUCGUUCGAGUUCACCGACCCUGCACCCAGCACACCUGUUACAGUCUUGCCGUGUCUAGGUCCCGGGGCGUCCCGCCCUUCGGUCCAUCAAUCCCAUUUGGUUGGAUGGCUCCUGCCUCCUCUGCCUUCGUGGACUUCCUGCUGACCAAGAUCAUCAACGCCAAACACGCCACCCGCAAGUCCGAGUCGUUUGUCACCAUUGCGACUCGUGCUCGCAAGGAGCAGCUGAAGCAGUUGGUGGACAGCUUUGUGACGACGACACCAUUGGACUCCUCCUCCUCUGGCGUCCGCUUCAGCUUCAUCUCUCUGGGCGGAAAGAAGAAGGAGCGUCUGGCGCCGCAUCCGCUGGCCUACCUGCAGAGCGCAGGCGCCCUCACCUGGAGCGUGACGGUUCGCGACCCCCGCACUUCUGUGGCAGUGGCCUGCCGACUGGCCGUCUCCGGCGAGCUGCUGGUGCUGAUAGAAGAGGCGGGCAGAAAGGUGGUGUUUCACUGUUCAUGCAGGGACGUGAUUGGCUGGAACACGGCACAUGGAUCCAUCCAGGUGUUCUACCAACACGGACUCUGCGUGGCGUUCUCCACACGGGAUGGCCGCUGGGAGGACUCCCAGGAGAUCACGCAACGGUUGAAGACGGUGACCCAUGGCGCUGCGGGGGCCGCCGUGACUCUGAGGAGGAACCGGCUCGGUCAGCUGGGCUUCCACGUCAACUUCGAGGGCGUGGUGGCCGACGUCGAGGCCCACGGUUUCGCCUGGCAGGCGGGUCUUCGCCCCGGCUGCCGGUUGGUGGAAAUCUGCUCAGUUGCCGUGGCAACACUUUCUCACGAGCAGAUGAUCGAGCUGCUGAGGACGUCGGCGAACGUCAGCGCCAUCGUACUCCCGCCUCUCAGAGAUGGGACGCCACGCAGGAGUUUCUCUGAGACCCAACGGCUCCCCCUGCUGGAGCUCAGACUGGACCCUGAUGUCACUUCCUGCGCCAGAACACCAUCCAAUCAGAGCCCAGUCCAACUGAGCUCUUCUUCUGACAUCAAGAACGACAUCAGAGCUCCUCGUGAUUGGUUUGUUGGUUCUGAUGGACGCACCAGGUCCACGCAACACCGGCCCAGUAGAGACAGAGGUGACUGGAACCGGAACCAGGAUCCAUUUGGCUUCCAGAAACCCAGACUCCAUGGUCUUCCUCCUCGUCUUCCUCAGUGUGCGAGUCCAGCAGACGGAGACGGCAGCCGGUGGCCGCAGUUUGCAGCCACAAGUUGCUCGAGUUGCAGCAACACGUUGUCCAGCAGCAGCAGUGAUGGCAGGACCUCGACGCCUCAGCUCGCCUGUCUCAGCGGCGUGUCGGUGGACAGCGGCAUAGACUCCGCCCUGUACUCGCCGUCAGCACUGCCUCCGGUCGCUGGGGCAACGCUGGUCCUGACGGACGUCCACAGGAAGGAGUCGGCGGGGCCGAGCCGUCUCGUGACCGACCUCAGAGGCUCUGUUGCUAAAGACUAUUGUGGAACCAGAUGUUCAUCAUCAGCAGACAGAGUGAAGGCAGAUUCACCUUUGACCCCCCCAGGUGAUGCCAGCUGGGAUGCAGAGCGUCUCUGCAGCCAGGAUACCUGUCCGUGGGAGGCGGGGCGUAGCAGGUUGAACAGCGGUUUGUUACUGGAGGAAACUGGCAGACCCAGCCAUCGUCCAAUCAGAGGCCAGAAGUCUACCUGCAGAGUCUCUGGAGUCUCCGCCCCAUUUCCAUGGAAACAUCUAACCCGCAGCAGGUCACAUGACAGUUUGUCCCUUGCCAGCGGCGGGACUCUGCAGAGCCCCGCCCACAUCAUGCGGCGCCACCACAGCGCACCGACCAUCAGACGCCGGCCUACACCUCUUCAGAAGGGUGUGUUUCCAUCGUCUCUCACUGACCAUCCGCUCCGUUACAUUCAGGAAGUGAGAUCAGGGAGCCCCGCCUUGAACAGUGACAUCACAGCUUCCCUCUCAGGUAAAGUGUCUCAGCUGGAGGAGAUCCUUCAGCGGCUUCAGCUGGACCUGCUGAAGGAGCAGAAGGACAAAGCGGCGCUGCAGCAGCAGAUCCUCGACCUGCGACGGGACAACCUGCGCCUGCAGGAGGAGAGCCGCGGCGCCGCCCAGCAGAUGCGACGCUUCGCUGCAUGGAUGCUGCGCAGGGGCUCGUUGCCAUGACAACACCACCUAACCGUCCAUUCAGGACGGGCCGCUCGGGGUCUGCCAGACAAAAACACCAGAACCGUCGGACCUGUUCAGAACUCUUUAGGUGUCCGACAGUUUGUGGGAUGAAACCCGACAUCACACCUGCUGAACCUCCGGUUCUGACCCGGAUGCUGGUUCUGGUUUACUGUCAGAUAAAAUCAGAACUUUUUUCUGAUCAGAGCAGAAGUCGGAACCAGACCUGAUGACAGAGGAUGAUUCUGGUCGGGUCAGAUCUGGUCGGAUGGAGGACAUGUAAAUAUCUGGAUGGUGUUUUGGACAUUUUGUUUGCUUCCAUCACUUCCUGUUUUUAAGGAAUAUCUGGUUCAUUUAUUCAUGAAGGGAAAUUUCUCUGAACUUCAGCUUCAUUAAAAAAUUUAACUGAUCA